GUGAUGAUGAUAUAUUACUGUGAGGAGACAAGAUACUGUUUACACUGUCCGACCUGCAGAAGAAGAAGAAGAAGAACCUUAGUCCUGUGGAGUCUGUUAGACUGAAGCAGGAUCAGUUAUCUGAGGGUUAACUGCAUGAUUAUUUCUAUUUGGUGAAACUUGAUGUGUUGUUUAAACACAACUAUAAUUUAAGCGGCUCAUCAAUAAAUGAAGCAGCCAGACUCUUCACCGAUAUAUUUAGAGGAUAAUGGAUCAAUAGUUUCAGACUGUUUCUACUGCCCAAAGAUUUCUACACUUUUUUCCACAGUGCAUUAAAAAUGGUCCCGUUAUAUUUUAUCUCAGUCCACAAUCAGUUCUGGACGUUGGUGACACUACUGAGCAACAACAACACAUUAUUAAUCUUUUAUUAAACCCAACAUGAACAUACAGACACACUAAUGUAAUAUAUUUAUAUACAUGGAAUCUGCACAUAUGAAACACAUGUUAAAUAAAACCAACUAUAUAAAAACUAUAAAACUAAUUUUAUAUAUUGACAUAUACAGUAUGUCUAACCCAUAUAAAUAUGUAUGUAUGUUUAUACUGUAGACAUGUUACAUGAAUAUAUAUCCACCCUACAGCCGGUCAGUAUAUGUUGAUAUUAUAAACAGAACACUUUCCCAGAGUGAGAAGAGACAUGUUUAAAAUUAAUGAGAAAUUAAUAAGAAAAAUAUAUAUAAACAUAGAAUUUCAUAUUUAUGUUUUAAUAAACAUUUAUAAAUCAAAUAUAUAUUGUUCACGUUUAUGCUUGCAACAUGUUAUACCAUAUAAAAAUGCAUUAUAUAUAUUCUAACUAUGGGUAUUUCAUAUAUAUUAUUAACUUAUGUAUCCAGAGAAUGUAUAUAUGUGAUGAUAAUAUAUUUCCUUAUAGUUAACAUAUAUGGCAACAUCCAAGUUGAUGUAAGAACAUAUAUAAGUCAUACAUGUGUGUGUGUGUGGGAAACCGAUGUGGAUGAAGCCACGUCACGCGCACGCUUCAUGUCAGAGACAUGAGGCCGACAAAAGAAACGUGGAGGCAGAUUUUCACAGUUUGCUGCACAAGUAUAAAGAGGAGCAGAGUUUUCUCCAUCACAGCGUCACUUUGACCAUCUCCUCUCCAAACCCUCAGGAACACGAGGGGCAGAGCAGCUUCUGAUUGGCUGGGUGUCACUGUCCAACUGGGAAACUGUCAAUAUGUAAUAAUUAGAUUGAUAUCUUCAGGACCUUUCUCCUUCAACCGAUCUGGGCUCAGUAUAAAAGGGCAGCCUGGGCGUUAUUGAUUGGUCGUUGCUCUGGUGCUGAAGCUGCAGACCGUGUGCAGACUCCCCUCCAGCGAUGUGCGUCUGUCAGGGAACCAAUCCGUGGCACCAGUCUGACUCCGUGAGUCGCUUUAAGACUUCCAGUGCCAUGGCACCAUCACAUCCUCUGACCACUGGAGCCUCCGCUGUUUCUCAUUAGUGACAGCGCGCCACUAGGGGAAUCAUUUUACGCACGAGCUCCUGCAGGCACAGACCGGCAGCGGAGACUCUCUGUCCUCCUGUUGCGCCAUGGAGAACUCCAGCCUGUUGGGCGGCGACGCACAAAGAGCUGGCUUGAUGGACUUUCUUAUGUCGGACACUCUGAAGCUACUUGUGGAUUCUCCGGAGGAUGGAGCCCCGGCUGGAUUAGGAGUGGCCCGGGGUGCCAUCUUUCUCGAGGGCAGCGGAUUCAGGACUGGCGCCGGAGCGGAGUUUAUGGCCGCUCCGCCGACGGAAUCCUCUCACCUGAUGCCCGCCUUCUGGGAUUCCCCGCUCAGUCACGGAAUCAAUGUGUUUGUGGGACUUGUCCUGUGCUUCACGAUGCUGGGGCUGGGCUGCACGGUGGAGGUCAGUCAGCUGGGAGAGCACAUCCGCAGACCCAUCGGGGUGCUGCUGGCGCUGGUGUGUCAGUUUGUGAUCAUGCCCUUGGUGGCCUUCCUGCUGGCUUUAGCCUUCUCCCUGGAUGAAGUGGCCGCGAUGGCCGUUCUGCUCUGUGGCUGCUGCCCGGGAGGAAACUUGUCUAAUAUCAUGUCUCUGCUGGUGCACGGGGAGAUGAAUCUAAGCAUCAUCAUGACCAUAUCCUCCACUCUGCUGGCGCUCGUGCUGAUGCCGCUGUGUCUGUGGAUCUACAGCCGGGCCUGGAUCAACACACCUGUGGUCAACCUCAUGCCCUUCGGGGCCAUCAUCCUGACCCUGUGCAGCACUCUCAUCCCCAUCGGUUUAGGAGUUCUGCUGAGGUAUCGCUACACGCGCGUGGCCGACAUUGUUUUAAAGGCCUCCCUGUGGUCUCUGCUCGUCACCCUCUUGACGCUCUUCAUCCUGACCGGAGUGAUGCUGGGGCCGGAGCUGCUGUCCACCAUCCCGCCCUCUGUCUACGUGGUGGCGGUGCUGAUGCCUCUGUGUGGCUACGCCGCAGGUUACGGCCUGGCCGUGCUCUUUGACCUGCCGCCCAACUGCCGCCGGUCGGUCUCCCUGGAGACCGGGUGCCAGAACGUGCAGCUGUGCACCGCCAUCCUGAAGCUGGCCUUCCCCCCUCAGCUGGUGAAAGGGAUGUACAUGUUCCCGCUCCUGUACGCCUUGUUCCAAGCGGCCGAGGCCGGCAUCUUCAUCCUGGCCUACAGGAUGUACAGGAAGGAGGUCCUGCACAAACCGGAGCGAAUGGGGGACGGCGAGGACACAGACAUAACAUAUCAAAGGUUUAAUGAUGAUGAGGACUUUGACUCAUCUUACGGUGCUGUGACAGUGAGUGACCCAAACACCAUCAUGUUGGACCCCUGUCCUCCCGAUCCGACCCCUGUUUAAUGUG